AUAUGACUCUCCUGGUCAGUCUGAGGCACUGACAAUAGAACGCUAUCGCAUGUAAUUGGUGUAUCAUGUUAUAGACCAUAACUAUUGAUUUAACACUUCAUUUCAUUCUGUAGUAUUAUUUCAGAAAAGAUCUAAAAUGGGAAAAGCUGUCCAAGUGCUUUACUGCCUGUUGCUGAUGCUGGGCAUUGUAACAGCACAAGCAGGGGGUGUUGAGCGAGCUCUACCAAACUGGCUCACUGGCAUCAUCGCUGUUGCUGUGUUUCUCUUCCUGGUCUUUAUUGCCUUCCUUGUCAACAAAGCCUGGUGUGAGGACUCAAGCCAGGCAGAAAACGUCAGCGUAACAGCCAACGAAUAUGCCAUGACCAAUGGGUCAAACACAAAUCUUGAUUCAGUCAGGAGUGAUGAGCACUACGAUGCUUAUGAGAAUGUGAUUUUUCACAAAUCUGAAGAAAACGUGACAGCCAUGUGAAUCUGGGAAAAUGGUUGACAGUCCAUGCAGUGUGGCAUCCAUUUAAACCAGACGUAAACUCUAAUCCACCGAUGUUAAACAUUUCAUUAAUGGUUCUCUUGCACUUUUAUACACUUACACACAUUUAUGUAUAUACACAUAUGGGACAAUUUCAAAUAAAUUUGUUACCAGUCAUCACACUAUAUGCUAAUGGGAUCAGUAGGCUGAAUAACCAUAAGCAAAGGUUAAACACAUGAACGCAUUUAUAUGAAUGUAAAUUGAUUUUAUUCAUUAUUUCUCUGUAGAACUGGAAUUGAAUGCAAGCUGCUGAAAUCCUGACUCAUUUACAGAUACUACACUGGCUAGUACAGCCAUAUAGAUUCCUGAAUUGCUCCUAGGAGAAAUAUGAAAAAACCUGACAUUCCGCACCAAAUCAUAGGAACCCUUGCCUGCUUAAUGUUCUCAAAACAGUGAACAUAGCUACAAAAAUUCAGUCAUUCUUUAGCAUUUUCUACAAAACUAAUAAUGUCAAAUGUUCAAAUGAUGUAAUGUGUUUUAGAGCAGAGAUUCUCAACUACAGUCCUGCACGGUUCUAAGGUUUACCUGAUACCAAAACACCUGAUCUGACUUACAAGUGUGACUGACAAGUGUUUAAUAUGAGGUAGAUCAAACAUCUUUACAGUUAGUAUUAGUUCCUGAUAUCACUUACAUUAUUGCAGCUUUAAACAGUUGCUCCCUCAACAGCAUCUCUUUUUUUAUCUUUCCUGAAGCAGUAAGAUGAAAAUGCAGCCUGUCAUUUUACAGGGAAACUGCCAAGUGCAAACUCCUGUGCUGAAGACUCUACAGUAGAAGAAAAUGUAAAGUUACAGAUUUACCUCUGACUGUUACAAAGUGCUGACAGCGAAGACUCCAAAAACGCUAAAUAAACAUCUCCUUAUAGAAAAUAAUUACACAUCCAUUUAAAUCCAUUUAUGUGGAGCAUCUGUCAUAAGUCCCUAACUGUUACUAUAGAAAUGAUAACAUAUAAUAAUGAGUGCAUUCAAAUAAACCUUGCAGCCAGAACUAUUGUCUGAGUCAUGUUAGAGAAAACGAAUCAACACCUUCUGACCAAUCAGAACUGAAUAUUCAACUCCCCUUUGGUAUAAAUGAUGUAAGUGUAAAUGAAUAAAGAGAUUAAGUGGGUAAAUGUAGAUAUCAGGUUUAUUAGAUCAUCUCUCAUUAUCUAACAUAAUGAAUCUUGACAUGGUUUCUUUGGGAUUACAUGAUCAUUUCACAAAGACUGACCAAUAAACUAAACAUUUCCAGUUGAAUUAA